AAUGCAGUGGUGGUGUGAGAGGGAGUUCACCAGUAUCCGACAUCAUGCUAUUUGGAUCUUCCAGUCACCAGAAUCAUAAGUACCGGGGGUCAAACUCAGGACCUUGCGUUGGCGAGGAAGGCGCGGUAUUACUGAGCUAAAUCUCCCGCUCCGGCCCCGUUGUUCUUGAGCCUGUGGCGAAGUGGCGCACAAUGGCAAGAGUCUGUGGCGGAGCAAAAUUGCUCACUUUACCGCCAGUAAGCAAAGGGAAAUGCUGCACAAGCAGACCUGAGCCAUUUGCAAAUCCGGAGCCUUCUUAUUGAUGAAGAGGUCUAUCCCAGAUGGAAGGAUCUGGCACACCACGACAACUCUGAAGAGACAUGAUUUCCCCAGUCCUUUCUCAGGAGACUUAAAAUAAUUUAUUCAGCAAAUACAGCUUGAGGAAAUGGAAAUGCUGAAAUUGUCUAAGAUGUUUGGAAUUAGGGUUCAAAUUGACACUGAUACCUACAGAUCUAAAGCAACACCAGAGGUCCCCUGUUAGAGUGGGAGAAGUUGGCACUUGUGAGGGAGGGGUCAGGAAGUGUUCCUUGUGUGACAAUGACUAUAAACACAGCAGAAGAUCUGGAACAACCGGAAAACCAAGCCGUCUGUUGUAAUUACAAUCGUCGUAGUUUUUAGAAUGCACCCUCAUGUUCCAGAAAACGCUUCCAUCCAAAGGUCAACGAUACGACUAACAAGGGCCGCCAAGCAACGUGCACAUCUUAUUUUUACAUUUUAUUUUUUAAAUUGUAAAGUAAGUAUAUUACAGAAAAUUUACAAAAUGAAGAAAAAACCCUCAGGUCACCAUCUGAACACACUGAUUUCGAUCAUUUCGAUGAAUUCCUCUCCGUUUUCCGCCGCCGCGCACCGCCCCUCCGCAGCCCUGACCUUCGCGCGCAGCCGGAACCUCUGCGCAGGGGCGGGGCUGCCACGCCGGGCGCUCUGUCGUCAUGGUAACCGCGGAAGCGGGGUCCGGCGAGCGGUAUUUUUGGAAUUAAUGGAGCCAGAAGCACAGCUAGAGUCAGAGAGUUCAGAAAAAUCAUUAUGUUUCUCUCAGGAAGAAGAAAAAGAAGAAUCCCAAGAACCAGAGGAAACUGGCAUCGAGAACCCCCUUGUAAAACCAGCUCUCACAGGAGAUAUAGAAGGUUUGCAGAAGAUUUUUGAGGAUCCUGAAAAUCCUCAUCACAAGGAUGCCAUGCAGCUACUCUUGGAAGAGGAUACCAUUGGGAGAAAUUUGUUGUACGCAGCUUGCAUGGCCGGGCAGAGUGAUGUAAUUAGAGCUUUGGCAAAAUACGGUGUGAAUCUGAAUGAAAAAACUGCCAGAGGGUACAGCCUCUUACACUGUGCUGCGGCCUGGGGUCGUUUGGAAACCUUGAAAGCACUAGUGGAGCUGGAUGUUGAUAUAGAAGCUUUGAACUUCCGCGAAGAGAAAGCUCGAGAUGUUGCUGCUCGGUAUUCCCAGACUGAGUGCGUUGAAUUUCUGGACUGGGCAGAUGCCAGACUGGCUUUGAAAAAAUAUAUUGCAAAAGUUUCCUUAACCAUUACUGACUCAGAAAAGGGGCCAGGGAGGCUCCUUAAGGAAGACAAGAACACCAUCCUCAAUGCAUGCCGUGUAAAAAAUGAGUGGUUGGAAACUCACCCAGAAGCUUCCAUUAAUGAGCUUUUUGAGCAGAGACAAAACUUGGAAGAUAUCGUGACCCCUAUCUUCACAAAAAUGGCCACAUCCCGUCAAGCAAAACUAUCAAAUCUGUUAUAAACUAAGCCAUAGCCAGAAGAGAAGUCAAGAUUAUACCUUCUGCUGAACAUAUAUUUUGUAAAAGGCCACAUAUUCCUCUAAUAUCAGUAAAGGCAAACUUAUUCAUUUUAAUUGAAGUCAAGAAAAUCGACAUGAAAUUAUAUAAAAUGUUCAAGAUUCAUUCACCCUUGCUUGGUUUUACCUGGUUCGGAGUACUUCGGCACAGACUCUGGUCUUGUCUCUCCCGAGAAUCGCAGCCCCGUGUGAGUUUCAAGGACUCCCUCAGGAAAGCACUUGGGUAUAAAUUUCUCGCAAAAGACCAGAGUCUUUAAAAACCUCUUAGUCUCACAAUUUUCUGUGUAAUUGAGACAAACAUUUCCAUUCAAAUGGAGAAUUCCAUUUAAAAAGACAUAUUGGUUAUUUCCAAAGGGGGAAAAUUUGUUUUUAUUCUCUCAAAAAGAAAUCUUACGAAUGACAUUCUGGAGUGAGGAAUUAUUAAGAAUUGUUUAGAUCAGGGUCCUCUGGUUAAAACUGUUACUUUUUAAUGUUCAAAUUAAAAUCCACCAGUAAGUUGAAUAUAGUCUCUGAGUAAAACCCAUAUUUAUCUUUAACCUCUUUCUAUCUUUAAGCAAAUAGACACAAAACUGUAUAAUUUUAUAUAUAGAAGUUUUCCCCUAUUCUGUAGGUUUGGCAUUAUAGAUAUUGUAACUGGACUCCGUGACAUUUCUCUCCUGCUUUGUAUUCUAUUUCCUAGGAUUUUAAACAUCAUAUUUAGUUUUCUACUGGUGAUUUGGAAAGUCCUUCCCCCCCACCUCCAGUUUAUUUAAUUAAGCCCCGGAACCUUCUAUUACUUUUUGGCUUUCUGGGAAAGUUUUAUAGGAAAGAAAAUAUUUAAAAGAUAUUCUCUGUUCUUAUGACUUCCUACUGUUUGUGUUGCUCUGCAAGCUAAUUUUUCAUUUUAGGGAAGAGGAAAAAUAAAUGACUAAUUGAGUAAUACUUGUCACUUAACAUUUUCUCAACCAUGGUUUUGAGAUAACCAUUUUAAAUAUUUCCCAAAGUUUUAAGUUUUGAGAUUUUUUAAUGUACAAGCAAUUCAGUUUCAAUUUCCUUAAGCAGAUGAACAGGGCAAUAACUUUUACCCUUCUCUUUGAUAGGCCUUCUGGGUGCUUUUGGAGACAUACAAAGAAAGAUAUCUUUGCUCCAUUUUCUUGAUACAGGACAUUUCUAAAAGUCCAAUGUCAUUCAGCACUGCAAUAAUUUAUGAAGAGGCCAGGCACCAUUUUUGUUAUUUCUAUUCUUCUUUCUGCAUUUUCUGAGCCUGAUCUUGAAUACAAUAUUACUUUCCAGGUGAGCAUUCCUGGUGAGUAGGAAAGGAACCCUGGACUUUGCUUCUGAGAUUCCCAAGUAAGACUGCCGCAUUUCUAGAGAUCUGCUAUAAUAAGCCUCUCUCUCCUUUUCAUACUUAUAUUUCAAUAUUUAUCCUCAAACUCUUUGUAGCUCUUGAUAUAUUUGCUAAUGUUCUGUGGGCUAACGUCCCUACAGUGGCACCUUUAUGCCAAUCGUGAGAGCUCUGCUUUCUCACAGUCUGCUUUUCUAAUUCCUUUACCAGCUUCUCUUCCUCGUCUUGUCCCCAGCUGUGGGAACCCCUCAAAAUUCAGCCCUGAUCCCCCCGUGAAACAAUGCUUAAGUCUCCCCUUCCCUACCCCCAUUACAAAGAACUAAUCCUUUCUCCUUUGGGGCACUCUUAGUGCCAAUAGCUGGUUAAUCAUUCAUGUUUGUCUCUGCAUGUGAAUUAUGAACCUUUUGAUGAUAGCAACUUUGUUAUACCUGAAGAGUCAGUAAGAUAGUAAAUUAGUAAAUAAUAGUUACAUAAAUUCACUUUUAGCUCUACCUUUCUUCAUAGAAACCACUACUUCUUCAUUCAUUCAUAGAGCCUGUUCGCCUUUAUAAAAAUGACCCCCAAACUUAGGCUAGUGCCCCAUUUCAAUUCCUACUCUCCCGACAGGCACACAUCCCACACUAUGGCUCUAUGUCUGUUUUCUGACUUUCUAUUUCCUAAGCCUUCAUCUUGAAUGUCAUAUUAUUUUUAAAGCCUGUGAACCUGGUGAUUACCAAUGGAUUCCUGGAUCUUAUUUCAAAGAUUCUGAUAAUACGAGGAUCUGACAUUUACUUACAUCUAUAGAUCUAUAACUUUUUGAGAGAUACAGUAUUUGCUGUUGUUACCUGUUGUACAAAAUUAAUAGAUACAUAGGACGGUUAAAAUUCUCUUAUGCUCUGAGUCUGAGUGUUACUUGGGUAGCUGCAUGGCUUUUCGUAAACUUUCACAGAGUAAUUACUAUUCAGAGGACAUACUAGUAUUUAAAAAAUGCUUCCACAGUAGUUGAGAAGUAGUCAAUCAAAGGCUAAAUUUAGUGCUGUAAUAACCUUUAGAAAAUGGUUCUUUAGAGUUUUGGGUUUCAUUGAUCAGAAAAAUAUAAAAAAUAAAGGGAGAAGAUUGAUAUAACCUUUUAAGGAAACAACUAGUACCUAUUAUCAUUUAAUAAAAGACAUUUUAACAUCCCCCAAAAUGUAGGGAAAAUAGGAUCUCAAUGUAAGACCUUACGUUUAACAUGGAAAAAUUAAGCUUUAUUAUAGAACUUUGAUUUUACUCAAUUUGUCAUAUGCUAUGGAACUUUUGUCAUGAAUCAGCACUGACCUAUAGUCCAGCCUUUGAAAGCUACCACCCUAGACUAAGCAAAGCAGGGAGAUUGCUGUUUGGGUUAGCAUAAUGCCCAUCUUGUAAAAGACUGACAAUUAUCCCAGUGUUCAUGCUGACGUGUGGUGGAUUAUAUAUUCCAAGAUGGCCCCAUCGACCACCUCAGGUGUGCUUUUUACAAUGUGAACACAACCUUCUUCAUGUAGAGAGAUGUGUCUCUGUUCUCUCCUCUUGAAUCUGUGAGGCCUGUACUAUUGUGAAAGUGGUUCUGUGUGAUGUUCCAAGGCUAAGAUUAUAAAAGGUGAUGUGGCUUCUGCCUGCUUCUACUAAGAUGUUGCUCUUAGAAACCAGCUAUCAGAGAGAUCCACAUGGAAAGAACCUGAAGCCACAGCCUUGGCUGGGCUCAGCCAGCUGUCAUCCUCCAUGUGCCAGGCGUAUGACUGAGUCAUCUUGGAAGCGGAUCUGCAGCCGGGUUACCCAGCUGAUGCUGUCUAGAGUGGACAAACUGCCGAGCACUGCCAGAAUUGCAGACUUGGGAGCUAAAUAAAUGAUUGUUUU